AUGAGAGCACCGAUAUCAACUAACACGGGCAGCCAUACGAGACAUGGGGGUGCGCCACCACAACACUGUACAUCGGCUGGGGAAACAUCCGCGCGCACACAACAGGCACCGGGUAAUACUUUCCGCCCUCGAGUUAAUCUCGUGGAUGGGGAUGAUCAGAUGCCUGAUUCGACGCCAGCAGAGGUGGGAGAGAGUGGCAGAUGGCUCGCGGUGUUCUGUGGAUGUUGUGACUAUGAGGAAAUCGACAUUUUGCUACAGUCAGGUUGUAAAUACGGUGUACUGUGA